AUGGCCAAGGGACUACGGUCAAAGGUUAAGCGGAGGUUCAGGACGAUCAAGCGAAUCCACGUGAAUGAAAUUAUAGAAAAGCCCAAUGUAGUCAAAUUGCACAACAAGAUAAAACGGCUGAAUAAAAGCAAAAAUACACAGGAUGAUUUGAUUAGACCGCCCAACAAGUUCCUCUACCCAGAUGACGAACGAGCGGUGAUACCGCAACACAAAAGUCCAAAGGUGAUCGACUUCAGAUCCGAAGCUCUACCCCUCUCAGGAUUCGCAAACGUGGGAAACAGACGGAAGUACAACUUGAGCGAAAAAAUUGAAAUAAAAAAUCAUUAUGGUAAUACCCCCGGUUUUUUUGACAACAUAGACUUGAACAAAAUGAUCGACGAUAUGCACAAGCGGUCAGUGGAGAUUAUGAAGACCAUUUCGAAGGGUAACGAUGUACAGGGAUGA